AUGAGUAAAAUGACUUUUCAUCAAGCAUUUUUUCUCAUUUCAAAAAAUCUUAAUAAAACUUUUCAUAAAUCAACUUUAUCAUCGUUAAAAACCAAUCCUCAAUUGUUACAAAUAAAUCGACCAAGGAAACAAUUAAUACCAUAUGGGAAUAAAUUAUUUGUUCGUAACAUGCAUUGCUUACAACCCCUUCCUUAUCCGACCGAUAAAGGUUUAGAACCUUUAUUUAGUCCUGAAACUUUACAAAGUUUAUUUGAUUAUCAAGGAUUUCUUAUCAAUAAUUUAAAUAAACUUACUAACGUGUCAGAACAUGCCUUAAUAUUUAAUCAUGCGUCUCAAGCAUGGAAUAAUGAUUUUUUCUUGCAAACUUUGGCGGCCAAAGAAGCUGAUAAAGACAUCAAUGGUACUGACUUGUAUGAAAAGAUUAAGGAAGAAUUCGAAAGUAUUGAAAAUUUCAAGGAACAUUUUAAAAAUAUGGCGUUAGGGAUAUUUGGGUCAGGAUGGACAUGGCUAGUUGAAACGGAAAAUGAUGUUCUUCGCGUAGUUAACACAUAUAAUGCAGGAACGACACUUGAUGUAACUAGAACUCAAGAGAAAGAUCCAAAUAAUCAUCCAACGCCAUCUUCACCAUUUUUAUCUUCAUCGAAAACGAACGUCGGAGGUAUAAAUAAACCAUCACCACCACCUUUUAUAAAAUUAGCUUUAAGACCCCCACAUAAAAGUAGAUUUACUCCUUUAUUGUGUUUAAAUAUGUGGGAACAUGCUUAUAUUAAAGAUUUUGGUAUUCAAGGUAAAGAAAAUUAUAUCGAUAGUUUUUGGGGAUGUAUUAAUUGGGAAGUUGUACUACAGAGAACUACAAAGCGUAAUAGUUUUAUGUAA